GAACAAAUUGCACGCGAGAAACAAGUAAGUGGGCGUGUACAGUUACAAGUUUGGUAUAAUGCCGAUCGCAAUGAGUUGGUUGUUUCGCUAAUGGCCGCCGAUGAUUUGGCGUUGCGCGAUGAAGCCUAUGGACAUGGUAAUCUACCGGAGGCGUACGCCAAAGUGCGCAUUCUACCCAAAUGCGGCGAUGGCAGCGUUCAACAAACCGAAGUUUCACAUCCCACACAAAAUCCCAUUUGGAAUGCGACGCUCAGCUUUCAGCACGUGAACGCUGACAGCCUCAUGGAUCGCUACAUAGACAUACAGUUGUGGGAUUUAGUGCCGCAUACAGAGUCCAUAUUUCUGGGCGAAUGUAAUAUUGAGCUGCAGCAGGCCUUUAUCGACGAUCGUGCCAUAUGGUGUCGACUAGACGAUCCGAAGGGGCUGCGCGGCAUCAGCAUGUCCAAAUCGCCGAGCGUCUCACCGCGCGGUUCCAUUGCCGCCGGCUGUCCGGGCGGUGAUGUAACGCGUCUAUUGCGACGCGAUUACAAUAUGCAACGUUCCAUAUCGGACGAUGUCGAUUCGAUCGGCGAUGGUACAUCACUACUGCAUCCCGAUACCGCUUGGGUGGCUGGCUCGCGGCGUGGUUCCUCGCAGUCGGAGACGCUCGAGGUUGAGGUGUAUCAAUUGGGUAAAGAUUUUUCGCGGUCGUUGCCGGGUUCGCGACGGUCGUCGUUUCAAGAUCCCGAUAAGAUACGCGAAGAAGAUGCAAUGGCCACGCCACCAGCCUCAUAUUAUGUGGGUAGACGUCGUUCGUCGGUGGCGCGUCGUGAUCCUGAUGAGAUAUUGAAAUCGUUGAAAGCGGUGCGCGGUGAGCUGGGACGCGCAAUGAGUUUGGGCACAGAGCAACAAAAACGAGCGGGAUCGAGACGUAAGUGUUUUUUUUUUUGGAAUUUGGGGAUUACAUAAUAUGUAUGUAUGUCUAUGUGUGUGACGUAAAUUUAAGUGAGCGAAUUGAGAGCGGUACUGAGCUUUAUUCAAGCACUGCAU